ACAUGCCAUUUUUAAUUCAUAGAGAAGUUUAAAACUAAUUUUUACUGUGUCUGAAAGUUUAAAGUUAUUAGUGAAAAGUUGUUUUUUGGAUUUUGUUACAUUUUGUGUUUUAUUAAAUAUAUUAAUAUUUUUAAUAUUUGAUAUUUAAGAUAUAUUAUACAAUUUUAAAGUAUAUUACAUAUCUUUUUUUAGCGUGAAUGAAAUGGAUGCAUUGGAAAUCUGAAAUCUGUGUGAUGUUUACGCAUUGAAUGCCAAGAAAUCUGACAUUUUUCAGAUUUCAGUUUGAAAUUAGUUUUCCAUUUUGGUCUUCAACAUUUGGAUAUAUUCAAAAAGCUCAUGUUGGAAUCAAACCCAUGACACUGGUGUUGCCUGUGCUAUGAGCUACAGGGUUUAAAUAUAACCCUUCAUUGUUUCUUUCUCUGAAAUGAUUUACGUGAUAUGAGUGUGGUUUGACACCAUUUGCCAAUCUGAGGUUUAUCUUACUGCAGUGUUACAGAGGAAGUUAAUGUGGCUACGUGUGAUAAAUGUUAUUUGUGUAGCGUCUCUACCUGAGUGGCUCUGUGUGUUUGACAUUGGUAUUUUGAAUUAUGUGCCUGUUAAUUUUUGAUUGUAAUUAAAUUUGGUUUAGUUAUCUUGAGUUUUAUUCAAUUUGUUCAGAUUAACGCUAAGUAGGCAAAGGACAUCCUGUGUGUUUUCCAUUUUUUCAGCUUUCUUCUGUGAAUUUCCCUGCAGUGUGGCUUUUGUUUACAUUUUGAACUUGAACUAAAGUCUGAAACUUUCAAAUCCUAUGAUUUACUUGACAAAAGCAUAAAGAUGUAACCUUAAGAGGUGGGGGCAAGGAUCAGCUCAACGGGAAAUGUGAUUCAACUCUUUCUUUGUGUUGUUCUUUGCAAAGCCUUUGCGUUCCCAUGGGUACAAGCAGCGAGGAGCUCCACAGCUGAAGUUCCUCCUUUCAGAUGGGGUUCUUUGAUUGCUGAAGAGGAAUUUGGAUAACUAGAACACUGACCCCCCAAUGCAAACCCAUCCUGUAUGCUAUAAUGGUGUCUCUUUAAUUAGCUUUCAUGUGGUUUGCAUUAGUUGAUUGGUGAACGAACACUACGUCUGAUGUGAGGUUAGUUUUGGAACCAUUUUCUAAGCUGUCUUUGCUUUAUGGUGUGUAAACUGUGGCAUGUGCCUGGGAUUAGGACAUUUCAUUGAGGAUUUUAGCAGCACCCCGAUGGUUCUAUGCUCAGAAAGAGAACUUCAUGGCCUGAACUUCAAAAAGCACUUUGUUUGCUGGGACCUUUUCAGUUUGCAGCUGAAAGAUGUUCCAGUUCAUACGGAAACAGAUUCACAAUCACCUUGUGGAGCGGAAAAUUAGGAGAACUCGUUUUGUUACCAAGGACGGCCACUGCAACAUUAAAUUUGGGACUACUGAAUAUCACAACCAUUUUGCUUUCCUUAUGGACUUCUGGACUACAUUUGUUGAGAUCCACUGGUGUUUUGUAUUUGUUUUAUUUGCCGCCGCCUUCACGGGAAGCUGGUUCAUUUUUGGUUUGCUCUGGUAUUCGCUUGCAAAAAAUAACGGAGACUUAGAAAUUCUACAGAACUCGUCUGAAUCCCAGAAGUUGAAAUGUUUAGAGAACAUUAACAGUCUCACGACCGCCUUCUUGUACUCUUUAGAAACCCAGACGACUAUUGGCUAUGGCGGGCGGGCUCUCACGGGUCACUGUCCGGGCACAGUCGCCCUGUUGAUCAUCCAGUCCCUCAUGGGUGCCAUCAUAAACUGCUUUAUGUGUGGACUCAUUUUAGCAAAGAUCUCUCUCCCCAAGAGAAGAGCAAAAACUGUAACCUUCAGCGAAACAGCGGUCAUUUGUCUUUGGAAGGGGAAUCUGUGCCUCCAGAUACGGGUGGCCAACCUACGAAAAACUCUUCUUAUUGGCAGCCAUAUUUAUGGAAAGCUUCUCCGGACCACCAUCACUCCAGAGGGGGAGACCAUCAUACUGGAUCAGGUGAAUAUUGACUUUUUGGUGGAUGCUGGGAAGGACAACCUGUUCUUCGUUUGCCCACUUACCCUGUACCACGUGAUCGACAAAUCCAGUCCGUUUUCCGAAAUGGCUGCAGACACUCUUCAGCAGCAGGACUUUGAGUUGGUGGUCUUCCUUGAUGGGAUGGCUGAAUCCACCAGCCUGUCCUGCCAAGUGCGAACUUCCUACCUUCCCUGGGAGAUCAAGUGGGGUUACAGCUUCCUGCCCGUCAUCUCUCGCACCAAAGGUGGGAAAUACCGUGUCGACCUGUCCAACUUUUCCAAAACGGAGCCUGCGGUGACCCCACACUGCGCUUGCUGUUUCCACAAUGAACAUAACAAGGAGCUCAUUCUCCACCAACAUGUACGUGAAGGAAUUGAUAAUCUGGGAUUUGAUGUUAUUGAGCUUCAAGACUCUGUUGUUGUAACUGAGAAGGGUGAUUAAACAGUUUGCUUCAGCAGAGACUGCAGUAAA